AUGGAACUGGAUGCAAAAGAAGCCGCUUUGCUCCGCUCGAUUCUCGAAGCCGUCUCUUAUGAAGACUUGCCAAAUAAACUUAAGAAUCUUGUUUCUGAGAAAGAAUACGCUGACAGAGUCAUGAGCACAUGCUGCGACCGACAGCUUGUUUUUAACAAAGUUGCAAAAUUGGCGAUCAAAAAUGAACUCUCCUAUUACCAAACUAUGGAAAAAUACUGUCGCGAACGAAUGAGAAUUUAUCCUUACCAUCUUCAGGUAACCAUUGCUUCUCCUAAAUUUUCCUUGCAUUUUUUUCGUGUGCAAUCGACUUAG